AUGGCCUUGCUAAGGCUCGCAGCUGCAGUAGAAUCAAAUUCCGUACAUCCAGUCGGGAAAGCAAUUGUGGACGCUGCUCAAGCUCUUAAUUGUCAUAAUGCUAAGGUUCUCAUCAGUAUUUUAGUUGUCAGGCUGAUUAAACAGGUAAUAGAUGGAACCUUCCUGGAAGAACCUGGAUCUGGCGCAGUGGCAACAAUUGAUGAUAAAAAGGUUUCUGUGGGUACAUUGGAAUGGAUCACCAGGCAUGGAGUUGUUAACAGUUUACAUCAAGAAGUGGAUAAGUUUAAUAACCAAUCCUUUGUCUAUGUUGGAAUUGGUGAUACUAUAGCUGGCCUAAUUUAUUUUGAAGAUGAGAUAAGGGAAGAUGCUAGAGACGUUGUUGAGAAAUUGUCAAAGCAAAAUAUAGGUGUAUAUAUGCUAUCAGGAGACAAGAGGAAUGCUGCGGAGCAUGUUGCUUCUCUUGUUGGAAUUCCCAAAGAGAAGGUGCUAUCUGAAGUGAAACCAGCUGAGAAAAAAACGUUCAUAAAGGAACUACAGAAGGAUAAGAACAUUGUAGCUAUGGUUGGUGAUGGAAUUAACGAUGCAGCUGCCCUGGCCUCUUCACAUGUUGGUAUUGCAUUAAGUGGAGGUGUCGGGGCUGCUAGUGAGGUGUCUUCAAUUGUACUAAUGCGCAACCAGCUCUCACAGCUAGUUGAUGCCUUGGAGCUUAGCAGGCUGACCAUGAAUACUGUAAAACAGAAUCUUUGGUGGGCUUUCAUAUACAACAUUGUAGGAAUUCCAAUUGCUGCUGGAGCGUUAUUUCCCAUAAAUGGAACUGUACUGACUCCAUCAAUUGCAGGGGCUCUCAUGGGGCUGAGUUCAAUUGGUGUAAUGACAAACUCAUUACUUUUGAGAUUCAAAUUUUCAUCAAAGCAGAAACAAAUAUCGAGAUCAUCGCCAAACACCAAAAUACAUGUGGAGGAUUCUGAUAUGGUACAACAAAACAAGAAAACAAACCGACAUUUUUAG